AUGACGCUUGCAGCGACGACUGUCGGUACGAUAGGCAUCGUGCUGCUGGUGCACCGUCAGCAAAAGCUGGACCAAGCAGUACGCUACGCUUUCACAUAUCUGUGAACAAGUUCAUCGGUUGACGUUGGAGUAGGCCAUGCAUCAGGGUGUCAUCCGCGAUGUAGAACAGCAACGGAUCAAGCGAGAACGACAGCUCGACUUCGAAAUGCAAAGACAGCUGGAAGAGGAAUACAAGAAGCUACAGAAUGUCAGUGACAGUUCGGAUGGACAGGUGAAAGCAAAAUGA